AUGUCAGAUAAAAUAAAUUACAUUGGAUAUUCGCAAGGUGGAGGUACCUUCCUGAUGAUGAAUUCUGAGAGACCGGAGUACAACGACAAAAUUGGAGUGGGUAUCCUUUUGGAACCUGCCACGAGACUCACUUAUACAAGAUCGCAGCUAUUCAGACUUAUUUUAGACUAUUAUCGAGCUAAUUUACCUUAUCUUUAUCAAGUUGGAACUUACGAAGCUCUUCCCUUAGGUGGUACUGAGCAAGAGAUUGCUGCAUUCGUAUGCAAGGAUUAUGUGCUUGCAGAUACUGUUUGUAGAAAAUUCCUGAGCUUAAUUGACUCUUUUCACCCUGGUUCUAUAGAGGCGGAAACAAUACGUGUACUCAUGGGUCAUUUUCCGGCAGGAACAUCAGUAAAGAAUAUGGCGUAUUACGGUCAAGCUUUGAACGUCGAUGUGUUUCAAAAAUUUGACUAUGGACCGUCUAGAAAUUUGCAAAUGUAUGGCACCGCUCAGCCGCCUACUUUCAACCUCAGCGCUGUGACAGUGCCUGUUGUUGUUAUUCAUGGAAGAAAUGAUUUUAUGACUUCACCAGCUGACGUAGAUUGGGUGACCAGUCACUUGCCCAAUGUACUCGAAAAUUAUUACGUUGUGCAUCCACUUUCAAAUCAUUUUGAUGUACCUUUCAGUCAGUUUACUGCUAGAUAUAUUUUACCGAAAAUUAAACAAUAUUUGGAGAUGUUUAGCUAA